GGGGGAAGGGGAGGGACUGGGACCAGAGUGGAAGGCACAGACUGGACUGGACGUGUUUAGGAGGCUGGGUCUGUGGGUUGGGCUAUUAUCUGAGUGGGUAAGGGCUAAGCCCUUCUCUCUCCCCUCCGGAACUUUCUCCUCUCCAGCCCUGGAGUCAGCAACCUGAGCCAGCAGUGUCCUGCAGUUCCCCAUGGCCUGCCUGAGUCCCUCACAACUCAAGAAGUUUCAGGAGGAUGGCUUUCUGCUGUUGGAAGGAUUCUUGACAGCAGAUGAGUGUGAGGCCAUGCAACAGAGGAUUGGGGAGAUUGUGGCUGAGAUGGAUGUCCCUCUGCACUGCCGGACGGAGUUUUCCACCCAGGAAGAUGAGCAGCUUCGAACUCAGGGCAACACAGACUACUUCUUAAGCAGCGGUGACAAGGUUCGAUUCUUCUUUGAGAAAGGCGUUUUUGACAAGAAAGGAAAUUUCUUGGUCCCUCCAGAGAAAUCUAUCAACAAAAUCGGCCAUGCUUUGCAUGCUCAUGACCCUGUCUUCAGGAGCGUGACACAUUCUCCCAAGGUGCAGGCUUUGGUCAGAAGUCUGGGCCUCCAGCUGCCAGUGGUGGUGCAGAGCAUGUAUAUCUUUAAGCAACCUCACUUUGGCGGUGAAGGUGGGUCUAUUACAGUCUCCCCUCACCAAGAUGCUACCUUUCUGUACACGGAGCCCUUGGGCCGCGUGCUGGGCGUGUGGAUUGCGAUUGAAGAUGCCUUGCUGGAGAACGGCUGCCUCUGGUUCAUCCCUGGCUCCCAUACCAGUGGAGUGUCGAGAAGAAUGAUCAGAGCCCCCGAGGGCUCUGCCACUAGCUUCCUUGGGUCAGAGCCAGCCUGGGAUAACAAGCUCUUUGUGCCUCUGCCAGUGCGGAGAGGGGGUCUGGUCCUGAUCCAUGGAGAAGUGGUACAUAAGAGUGAACAGAACCUCUCCGACCGAUCACGCCAGGCCUAUACUUUCCACCUCAUGGAGGCCGCUGCUGGCACUGUCUGGAGCCCAGAGAAUUGGCUCCAGCCCACAACUGAGCUGCCCUUUCCACCACUCUACAUAUAAAGGCCCUGGCAGGACCGGGCUGGUCCCCUACAGAGAGAAGCUGUCAACACCAGGGCCUCUGGCUGCAACCCAAGGGCACAUCUUCCUGUUUGGCUUUCUGAUGGUGUCUUUGACCCUUGGUCCAGCAGACAGGGAGCCAAGAAGCAAAGUGACAGGGCAGCAGCCCAGGCUGGGUAAAGGGCUUCUUCCAAAAUGUUGUCUCACUGCCACCUUUCUGUCCUAAACCAGCCUCUGAAGUGGCCUCUCAGCAGUGAAAUGAUUCUGGUUGAGUUUCAGUUUUCUCUUGAGUGGAAAUUACUGUGUAAAGCACCGAAUAAAAAUGAUUUGAAAUACA